UAAUAUGCUCGGAAUUAAAAAAUCUUAGAUAAGCAAAAUAAGGUGUAUAAACAGAAGUCAAACGAAAACGAAGGCUCGCAGAGUCGGAGUCGGCCCAAAAUAUCUCGGCCCAAAACACCCGGCCUAAACUUACCCAAAUCGCGCCUUUAUGAGUUAUGUCAGUACAACACGCGGGCGGCGCGCAAUCGAGAGGGCUAGGGUUUUGUGGAACGUUGAAUCGCCUCCUCCGCUAUCACCUGGACUCCUCUCGGGCUUUCAAUCAUGGCGGAACAGACUGAGAAAGCGUUUCUGAAGCAGCCCAAAGUGUUCAUCAGCUCUAAGAAAUCUGGGAAGGGGAAGAGACCCGGAAAGGGCGGUAACCGGUUCUGGAAGAGCGUUGGGCUCGGUUUCAAGACCCCCAGGGAUGCCAUUGAAGGGACUUACAUUGAUAAGAAAUGCCCGUUCACUGGAAAUGUUUCAAUCAGGGGCCGCAUCUUAGCUGGAACUUGCCAUAGUGCUAAGAUGAAUAAAACAAUCAUUGUUCGAAGAAAUUAUCUACAUUAUAUCAAAAAGUAUCAAAGAUAUGAGAAACGACAUUCCAACAUACCCACCCACGUAUCUCCAUGCUUCCGUGUGAAGGAAGGAGAUCACGUUACCAUCGGCCAGUGCAGGCCAUUGUCCAAGACUAAGAGGUUCAACGUCUUGAAGGUGACACCUGCCGGAUCUUCCGGCACUGGCAAGAAGGCUUUUGCUGGAAUUUGAAUUUUUUUUUUUUAGGAACUUCGAGUUGCAUUAUAGGCCGGCGCUGUAGGCAUUUUGGGUUUUGCUCAAGAUGAUUGUGUUAGAGAAUUGAGGAGAUAUAGCGACUUCCCCCGUUAUUUAACUCCAGUUUUCGGUGUACUGGUUAAGUUUUGUUGUUUUCAUGAUCAUCAUGGUACCGAAAAUAGGAUCACUUUCCAUUUUGUUUCAAUUAUAGUGCGUAUGCUCUGAGCUGAAAUGAAUAGUUCCUUGUGUGUCACCGCCGCAGACGGACGGCCGGCCGGUACCGCUUCCAGGCUGACUGAUUUUAUAUAGUCUAGUAGGGUGCGGUGGGUACGUAACAAAGUGGAUGUGUUUAGUAGCGGCCCAAAUUCAGAGUACAAGGUUGAUUUUCACACGUUUUCUUUUACACUUU